AAGUACUCUUUAAUUCAUGAUUACAAAAAAUUAAUAUGGGGUUUAUUAUGUUUAAAUUUCAGUUUAAUUUCUGUAUUGCUUUCUACAAUUGUUUAAAUUUUAAUACAAAAUAUUUUUUUUUUAAAUAUUUUAUCCCCAAAAAUAUAUAUUUUUCAUUCCCACCAUUACUUUUUUCAUAACAAUAAUAAAAAAACAAAACAUUUCAAACGUAAAACAAAGUUAAAUGUCUAAACAAAACAUUACUUUUUUCAUAACUUCAAAUGCUGAGGCUAUAACAUACAAUUCACCAUUUCCUUCCAAUAUAUCUUCACACUACUAAACCUAAUAGACAUUAUCUUCACUACUAAGCCUAAUACAGAUUAUUCAAAUUUCGACUGAAUCUCAUAUAUAUAUAUAUAUAAAACAUAACUGUAAAAUAAAAAUCGCACAAUUAAAACAAUAUAUAUAUAACGAACUUAACAUCAUCGUGUAUAGAAAAAUGUUGGCUGCUGAUUUCAUGAAAAACUAAGCACCAAUACUAACCUCCAAAGUAAAAAAAAUGUACAACAUAAACAAAAUAUUUAUAAACACAAUAAACAACCGCUCCGCGCGUAGCGCGGAAAAGCCACUAGUUCUUCGUAUAUAAAGACUUUCUUCCUCUAUGAAGCCGAUCAUGCAACUCACAAGCAGCCUCUUCCAACUGUGGUUUCGUAGAUUAUAGGGUCCUUACCCUCCAUUCAAAAAUCCGCAACAACAAAUCAUCAAAAUAACGGGUUGACCUCACUUCUUGUUGGAGAUAAAUAUAAAGUUAACUUAGGAGUUAAGUUACACCAAUCCUAAUAGAGUUAGGAUUAGGAUAGUUAGUCCUAAUGAGUUUAGGACAUAUUGUCUCUAUAUAAUAAGAUUCAAGAGUGUUGUAUCAAUCGUGUGAGUUUAGAGAUUGAGUUUGGGUGCUUAAGUUUUGUGAGUGUUUCUUAAGCUAAUAAAAAAAAAGUUUCUUUAUAUUGAGUUCAUACAAUCUUUAGACUUAUAUUUGGUAUCAGAGUCAUGUUGACGAGAAAUCUGAAAGAAGACCAGAAUACCUUUCGAGAGAAGAAUGGGUUCCUUCGAGUUAGGAAUGAGAGGUGUGUGUGGCAUAGAUCAAGUCAAAAGAUCCUGGAAGUCAGUUGUGGGACACAAGAUGAGUGUAGUCCUUAGUUUGAGGGAAAGAAUGUGAUAUAUCAAACUAAGUCCCACAUUGGAGAAUUAGACAAAGAUUGUCUAAUAUAUAAAGAUAAGUCCAACUCUAAUUAGUACGAGAUCUUUUGGGAAAGAAACUAAAAGUAAAUUCAUGCGGGCUUGCAUAAAGCCCAAAGUGGACAAUAUCGUACUAAUCAAACAAUAUAGAGUUGGACAUGGAUUAACAAUCCCAACAAUUGGUAUCAGAAACCUGUCAUGUAGGAGCUGAUAGGGUUCGAGAGGCGAGGAUGCAAACCCUCAUAACUGAGUUCGAGCGGCUAAAGAUGAAAGAAACCGAUAAAAUUGAUGACUUCGUGGGCAGUUAUCAGAUAUAUCAUCAAAAUCCGCCGCGUUGGGUGAAAAUUUGAAUGAAGCAAAGCUUGUGAAGAAAUUUCUGCAAGGGUUACCACACAAGAAGUUUAUUGACAUAGUUGCUUUGCUCGAGCAACUACUAGACUUGAACACCACGAGUUUCGAAGAUAUUGUAUGUCGCUUGAAAGCAUACGAAGAAUGUAUCUCAACGGAAGAAGAAGAAGAAGCACAAGAUGACACCGUCAUGGAUCCGUUUCGAUUAAUGUCAUUAGAAUUUGGAUGUGACCAUUUGUAUAGUCUUCCCUUACCUUAUUUAAAUAUAUAGUCUUCUAUAACCAUUUGUAUAUGUAGUAGCGGACCCAAAAAAUAAUUUUAGUGGAGUCACAUAUAUAUGUAUACAUAUGAUUUUUCAAAAUAUAAGAAAAAUGGGUGAUUUUGGGGCUUUGAACCUUGGUUUUGGGGGUUUCAAAGGGUUGAGAGGAACCAAUUCUGCUACAGAUUCUUUAGCAAAUCUCAUACAGUUUUAUUUAUUUGACCACAUUUGGCGUGUCAGGUGACCCAAGUUGGGCCUUACUGGGUCCACCCCUGUGUAUAUGUUGCUCACAUAUAACAUAAGUUUGUGUCCAUUAAGCGAAAUGACACAAAUGAGAAAUGAUGACACAAGUAAAAGUGUGUGAUCAUAAAGACACAAUGAAAAUAUGCGAUCAUAAAGGUACAAUAACAUCUAUAUAUACAUCUGUGAUGGUGGUUGGUUAUGUGUAAGUUCUUUUGUGUUGGUACUUGGUAACAACAACAAUGACAAAUAAACACACACUAGAAAAAAAAUUAUAAAAGAGAGAGUUUGUGAUCUAGAUCACCUACUAUAUUUAAAGGAAUAAGGGAAGAAGAAAUCGAUUGGUGAAUCCAAAUCAAAUUAAGCGUGGAUCGAUGUUAGUAUCUUUCUUCUUCUCUAGAAAAUAUUAAGUUUGAAUUAAUCUAAAUCUAGAAUAUGGUCUUGGGUAGAUUUCAUAAUAAAAAGCAUAAAAGUUAUUCUUACAUGGUUUCGUAGACCAUACCUUCCAUUCAAAAAGUCACGCAACAACGAACCAUCAAAAUAACAGGUUGACCUCAGUUCUUUCACCUUGAAUUUCAAUUACAGUGGUUCCUCUAAUUUGAAAGUUUCUAACGAAACCCUUUGUUACUUUUUGUAUCAUUCAAUAAUAGUAUCCUAUAAAAUAUAAAAAUAAAGAAAGGUUUGUUUGUUUUAAUUAUCGUUUUUCUUUUUGAAUAUUUUAUAAGACAUAACACUUCUCUAAAAUGGAAUGGUAAAAUAGUACCAUUGAAAUUAUCUUUCUUUCAGUAUAUAUAGAAUCUCAAUAAUUCAAAGUUUUGUACAUUGUUGAUCCGAACUAUGUGAAUGAUAUUUUGAUCACGUCUCCUCUUUUAUGGAGUGGAAGUUGUUGAAGACUUACUUGCGGAGGAAGUUAUCUCGUCCGCCAUUGAUUAGCUUUCUGAUUCCGAACUUCGGAUAGAGAAAACGAAAAAAUUAGGUUUCAGGAUUUUAUUGCUUUAAUACCAUGUAAAGUAGAGAUGAUAUGUAAACCGUUAACUUGGAUUGAUAAGAGGAACAUACAACGUUAUAUAUACAAAGCUAAUGUCGGCUUAACAAAGGCCUUAUCCGAAUAUAUUCUAUGUUUAUCUAACUAACAUCUAUAGGUAAUCCUAAUUACUCUAGGAUUCCCUAAUUAAUAGAAGUUGUCUUUAAGUGAUGUAUGGACUCGUUGAAUUGUGCUAGUGGGACACCACUCGAGGUAGACAUAUUUCUCUGGGAAGAUAGUUUAGAUAUAGAGUACGCAUAAUAUUUUAAUUCAUCGUCUAUCUAUAAAGUAAAAACCGAUAAAGAAACUAUUUCAAUACUCAUAAAGAUGUUUUGUUAAUAGUUUAUUACGUUGAUCGUCUAUCUAUAAAGUAAAAACCGAUAUCAUAUGAUUAUAGCAUAAACUUUCUUAUGUUGAUCGAUAAUUAUUUUAUUUUGAAAUCAUAUUUGAGGAGGUCAUAAAAUCUUGUUGUUUUUAGAAAAAUUACACAAUAUAAACGUUGUAAGUUCGUGAUCAAGAAGACUUUUUAGCGUGAUUAUACAUAUGUACCCUACAACAUGGACAAAGUGCGUUAUAUUUCUAUAAUUUUGUAACAUUAUAUAUUGUCCACACCACACGCAAACGUGUGUAUAUCUUUGUCUUACUUUACGUUUGUUACAAUAGUAAAAUACGAGACUUUCUAAAAAAUGGCUUCCUCACAUUUGCAAAGAGCCAUAGAGAACCCAACUCUUGAGCUCAAAGUUGUAUCAGCCAGUGGCCUCAGCCAUGUUGAUGCCACGGACGAGAUGGACGUAUACGCAGUCGUUUCAAUUAACGACGACAAGAAACAAGCGGCCAAAACACCCAUCGACUAUGAUGGUGGUCCAAAUCCGACGUGGAACCACACGAUUAAGUUAACCGUCAACGAAGAAGCAGCCCGUGAAGGCCGUUUAACUCUCAAGGUCGAGUUGUUUAGUUAUUGGCUCAAAGGGAAGGAUGACCUUUAUUUAGGAGACGUCGACAUCUCGGUUCAUGAGCUUUUCGACUCAAACCCGCUUCCACCGUCUGCAAACGGUAACGUCAAUAAAAUGAAGUCGUUGACUUUCCCAAUCAAAGUCACAGAAGGAGGAGGUACCAACGCAAAGUUAAGUCUCUUGUACCGGCUUAAACCAGUACCGGUUAAGGAUUCGUAUCCUCUGGCGCCUCAGGAUCAUUCUCCAUCGAUUGGUCAACCCGUUUAUCCACACUCGGAUCAAACCACCACGACUAAACUGAUCCUAGAGAUUGUGAUCAAAUUAGCCAAAAACAUCGAAGAUGUCAACGCCUUCUUGGCCAUGGAUGUAUAUGCUUCGGUUGCAAUCUGUAAGGAUAGGGAAGUUAAGGAUAGGAUCAAUACACCUGUAGCUUUCUCCGCCAAUACAAACCCUAAGUGGAACCAGAAGAUUAAGUUUUUAAUCGAUGAAAAAUUAGGUCAAGAAGGGCGUUUGAUGCUCCUCGUUGAGUUGAUGAGCCACAGACCUUUACUUGGUGAUAAGGAAAUCGGAUCUGUCAGGCUUCCGAUUCAACAACUAUUAAGCUCAAAUCCGCCUUCAUCAUCAGCCAGUGGUGAUGCUAACGGUAUGAAGUUGGAGACGCACGCUUUGACCGGUCCUUACGGGAAGAAAGGUGUCGUGAGCUUCACGUAUAGGUUUCUUGCAGAACAAAUUAGAGUUGCAACGGUUACAACACCAUCUACAACAUCCCAACCAUAUAUUAUGUAUCUACCGGUCAAGCCUCAUUCAAACUCCUCCUCGGAUCCGGUUCAGGUGACCUCUAGUUAUGUGGCUGUUCAACAAGGUGUAAUUAGUGGGACAAGCAACGGUCUAGUACCAAUAUAUAUGCCGCCUCAAUAUCCAUCACAUGAAUAUCAACAAUAUUCACCACGGAAGCAGCAGCCUCGAGCGCAACCGCAGCCACCACCACAACAUUCGCAGGUUAAACCACUGCCUCAGCAGCAGUUCUCUCAGUCACUACCGGAUACACAAGAAGCAUAGAUUUGUAGCAUUCGUGCUACAUUAACGUAUGGAAUAAAAUGUUCUCAGCUUGAUAUUUAUUUUUAAAUGCAUUGGACUACUUUUUUCCUUCUGAAUUGGUAAGAAAUAGUAUCCUUAUAUUUUCAGUUCAUUUGUGGUGUUCCUCAUUUCAUUAGCUUGAAGUUCAAUAAAAUACAGUUCUUCCAUAACUCCAUUUUUCCCCAAAAAAGUUUAAAUCACACUUUUACAUAUAUAUAACAUUUCCUGUUUCACUUUUCCAUUUCCACUUUCGUUUUUUAUUCAUGUUACUAGUCACUUUCUUAUUCUCUGUCUUUUUGUUUGUGUGGAAACGGAACUGGUCUUAUGAGAAAUAGUCGGAAACCAGCAUCUUAUCACUUUUGGAAAUAGUCUAAUUAAUGUACACAAAUUUGAUCCAGCUAUUAAGAAUUUUCAAAUUCUAUAUAAUUUUUUAAUUUAAAAAACUAUCAAUACUAUUAAAACUGAAAGGCCUUUUUUGAGAUAUCCUUGGAGUUUUAAAGUAUUUACCAUUCUAUGCCACUGAAUUAUUUUUAAACUAUGAUUUCAAUUAAAUUCUUUUAUUUUUUGUUUUGAAAUCGCAACAAACCAUCUCCUAAUUCUGUGUAUUUUUUUGUUAAUUAUUUAGUUAAUUAAACAUGUGUAAUUAUAGUAUAUGAAAUCCUUUCUAUCGGCUAUAUGAAUUAAUAUAUAGUUUUAUGGAAUGCUUCGAUAAAAACAAGAAAUAUGUCUUUUGGAAUGUUUUAUCAAAUCUUACAUACUAAUAUGUCACCUCCAACGAUUUUAAUGAGUGUGCCAUUUAACUCCUUUCAUAUUUUCAUAGGUAUAAAACUAUGUGAUCACUAUCAUUUAAUAAAGAGUUUAAUAAUCCAAAAACGAAAAAAAUUCAUUCGUCUAUAUAUAAUAAUUCAGAAGUCUAAUCAUUUGUUAUACAAUUAUCUUUUCUAUAAUCAUAACUAUGCCUCCACAUUCAAUAUAAUACUAAAGUAUGUUCAGCUAUGUGGUUCUUGGUAUGAGUUUGGAUUUCAAAAAAUUUCGAGAUAUAAUAAUCCUAAAUCAAUAUAUUCACUUUUUAUAAUUCUUCAUUAAACAUAUUUAUAGAAACUAUUUAACAAAAAAUACUUCUAAUCUUAGAAGUAUAUAUAGAUUACCAAAUCAACAUUAGUUUCACCCAAAAUCUUACCUUACUGUUCAUACAAUCUAAACAAAUAAUUUUUUAAAAAAGAUUUGAUUCCAUAUUAACAAUGUCAUAGACAAAUAUUAUGGAUAAAUAGUUAAGCUUAAGACUUACCAAUUAUUUCAAAAAGAUUAUAUAUUCCAAAUUUAUAGAGACACCAUGCCUAAUCUACACGCCCUUUUGGUAUAAAUACUACCAUCUACACCACCCAUUUCUACCAAAUCAAUACUAUAAUUUGAUUUGAUAGUAGAGAUCUUUUUUUCCAUCUUCUUUAUAUGUUGUCUAUCAAAAUAUACUGAUCUUUCUGGCAACCUUUUUGAACAGGUUUGACAGAUUCAAAUGAUAUUAGAGAUCUCUUUUCUAGCCUUUAUUUGUCAGUGGAUAAAAUGAUGAUUAUGUUCAGAAUAUAUAGAAAGGUGUCAGUCAAAGAUAAAUCUCGAAACUGUACUUUAAAGAGAGGAUAAUAAAUAUUUUUAUCUCUGAAAGGUCGAUACUGAAGCAUGUCAGACAGAAGUUAGCCGAAGCAUGUAGAAGCUUCGGACUGAAAAUGUAAAUCAUCGGUAAUGACUUGCAAAACGUUAGUCUAUCAAUGAGGUAAACUGAAAAUAAAUAAAAGAUCAUAAUAUUUGUUAGAUUAUAAUAAGACUGAAAGAUCUUUGAACAUAUUUUCCUGCUAUCACCGAUGGUCUUCUGUAAAUCCAGAUGUUCAAUUGGAAUCAUAUCGAUGACUUGAAUGAUGGUUUUUUGGUUCUCUUAAACAUCUUUCGGAUGAUCCACUUCGACUUAUGCAAGUUUGACUCUGUACAAUAAACAACCGGAUCAGGUCAUGGAAAGGUAGAAAACUAAACCAACUUUCUCAUAAUAUAAAGUUUCACUACCCAUGCUUAUGAGAAUCUUGAUUUGCAAGUUGUCGUUGUUAUCCACCAUUUUAUUUUCUUUCAAAGAGCUCACUUUUUUUUUAUGAAUCAAGGUUGUUGACCGACCAGUGUAUGAUCGAAGAAAUUUUCAAAACCCAUUGUUUGACCCAUAAUUUUAGAGUUGAUGAGGUAAAUAAUCUGGACCAAUAAGGUCAGUAA